CAGGAGCUCUUACCCCCUGGAUAUAACCAUCUGCUGUGUGUGAAGGAGGAUGAGUUUCGAGCCCAUUUAAAAGUGCAGCUCUCCACUAAAGAGGAGGUGGAGAAAUGGCUCGAGGAGUUUCAGAAUUCCUCCACUUUAACAUGGAGGAAGGCCAGAACGUAUCCGGAGUCAGCGCGAUACAACGUGUAUAGAGUUGAUCUCAGAUGUCAACAUAAAACCUACUCGUCUGGCAAAAACUCGAGAAACACCAACUGCCCUGCCACCCUCUUCCUUGUCCUCAAAAGAAGCAUGGAGGACAGGAGGUCAAGGUCGACAGAUCGCCACAUGGCGGAGGGUUACCUCCUAUAUGUCAACUGGAGGAACGAGCACAACCACAGCCUCGCUGGCGCCGAUGCCCUGAGGAAAAGGGAUGUGUCUGCCAUCACCAUUGAAAGGCUGACUGAGCUCUUUGAGAAAGGUCAUUCUCCCUCAUCUGCUCUCGAUACCAUCAAAUAUGACCUGCAGGAGGAAGAGGGAGAAGAUUAUUUCUAUGCAGCAGCAGACCGGGCCGUCUGCCCAGACCUCCAGUUCUGCUACAGGCUAUACUACAAAAUAUUCCAGAAAUCAUAUGGUGCCCCUUCUGGAGAAAAGAUGGUCGUAGACCUCCGAGAGCGCCUUGCCAGGUAUAACGAGGAACAUGGCUGUGUCUGUGCUCAGAUAGAACAGACCAUCGACGGCCAGCAGGUUGUGGCCAUUUGCACCCCUGUGAUGCAGCGGGUCCACACAAGGGUGCAGCAGAGUGGAGAGAUGGUCUUUGUGGAUUCCUCGGGGAAUUGCAACAGGAAAACCCACCGCCUUUUACUCUUUGUAACCCCCUCUGCUGCAGGCGGACUGCCUCUUGGUGUGCUGAUCACCACAUCAGAGAGUGCAGCCACUCUAACCGCUGGGAUCGCCCUGCUGAAACGCCUUCUCCCACCUGCUGCUUUCUUUGGCCGCGGAGACCACGGUCCACAGGCAUUCAUGACGGGGGACUGUUCAGCUCUGCGACAGGCGCUUGCCACGGUCUACCCUGGAGCCAGCCUCAUGUUGUGCACCUUUCAUCUGCUCCAGGCGAUGUGGAGAUGGCUGUGGAACAGCCAUAAUGGCAUAAAAGAAGAAGAACGCCCACAGCUGCUAAAUGGAUUCCGAGGUCUUGUGUAUGCCAGAACAGCAGAAGAGCUGUCUGCGGCCUACGCCACGCUGUGUGCUGAUCCCCUGGCAUCAAAACACAAGAACUUUAUGAAAAGCUUGCUGGAGGUGUAUGGGAGGCGGCAGGAGUGGGCACUGUGCUUGCGUGGCAACAACACCAACAACUAUGUUGAAAGUGCCGUGAGGAUUGUCAAAGACAAGGUCCUUCACAGGUUGAAGUCCCACAACCUGACCCAGCUGGUGGACUUCAUCACCACGCGCUUUGAGGCAUACUACAUCCGGCGCCUCACUGACUACGCCAACAACCGGCUGAUUAACCUCUCAGCCCCCAAGUGUGAUGAUGUGGACUGCCAGAAAAUUGUCCAGGAGGAUGAAGUCAACUUUCUGGUGCCCAGUGCAUCAGCGGGUGGCUGGUACCAUGUCAAUACAGGACUGAGCUGCUGCACCUGCCCUGUUGGCAGGACGGGCGCGCCCUGCAAGCACCAGAGUGCCGUGGUGCAAACGUUUGGUGUGAGUGAGACCCCCCCACUAACAAGCACACCUCCUCUCAGGAAGCUCUUCUAUGAAAUAGCUUCAGGAGGGACCGCUCCAGAUGACUGGUUUGUUCCUGUGGAGCCAAAGUCAGUGUUGGAUGACCAGCGGUCCAGAGGAGAGGACGCUGUCCACACAUCAGCUGGGCCCAGGACCGAGUCUUUGGAGAAGGAGCUGGAUGGCAUUCUUGGGAUCCUCAAAAAGAAACUACAGGAGGACACAACAUUCCUGGCACCUCUUCAGUCAUUUGUAGACAAUUUUAAAAAAAUGAAAUCUGACAGUGCUGUCCAGUCAGCUUUGUUCUCCUUCGGAAAGACCAGCUGUGUGCCUACCAGGGUCCACGCCACACCAAGGGGAGUUCUGCAGACGAACACUGAGGUUGGUGUGCAACCAACAGCAGUGUGUCUGGGGGGGAGAAGAGCUCUCGGAGCUGACAGACCUCCGAAGAGCUCCAGGAGAGACCACCCUUACACAAAGGGAGAAAGAGCCAAAGCUGAGCCACACAGCCUGUCCCAUUGUGUGCAGGAGAACACCUCCCAGGGGAAAACCCACUAGGUGCACACACACACCCUACCUUGGCUGGACACACACACGCUCACUAGGCUGGACACACACACCCCCUCACUAGGCUGGACACACACACCCUCACUAGGCUGGACACACACACCCU